AUGAUUCAUUUGAUGAUGCUACUUGAUAAUUCAAUCGAACCCAGUCGUCGUAUGGUAUGGUCUCGCGACAAAAGUCUCGAAUGGUGGACAGAGAUCGUUCCAAAGAUGGAUGAUAAACAAUUCAAAGAAAAUUUUCGACUGGAACGCUCCACAGUAUCAUUACUAAUUAAACAUGUUGGACCAUUAUUGAAGAAAAAUGAAACGCAACUUCGAUCAGCAAUACCUGUGGAAAAAAGAAUUUGUUGUGCAUUGUAUAAUCUCGGAUCUGAAUCAGAAUUGAGAACAAUCGGGCAUUUAUUUGGAAUUGGAAAAAGUACUGCAGGUGAAAUUUUGCACGAAUUUCGUGCGACAGUCGUCGAUUCAUUUUUUUAUCGACUUGUUAAAUUUCCUGUAACAAAUGAAGAAAUAAAAAGAACUGUUGAUGGGUUCUUGAAUAAAUUUGAUUAUCCGAUGUGUCUUGGUGCCCUAGAUGGUACACACAUUAGUAUUAAACCACCCCAAGGCUUAGAAUUAGAUUAUUACAACUACAAGAAAUUUCACUCCAUUAUAAUGCUAGCAACGGUGGACUCAAAUCUUUUAUUUACUUACGUGAAUGUUGGUGCUCCAGGCCGUUGUAAUGAUACUUAUGUUUAUUCCAAAUGCCAACUGUACGAUGUUGUUCAAGGCGACAUAUAUUCUAAAUAUUAUAUGAAAGUUAAUAAUACAAGUGUCCAAACUCAUCUGAUUGCUGACUCGGCUUUUCCAUUAGAUCGAACUUUGAUGAAACCAUAUGCAAUACAACCGGAUAUGCCAAAGGAAAAUGCAACAUUUAAUUACCGACUGAGUCGAUGUAGAUCCACAGUUGAACGGGCAUUUGGCAUACUAAAAAAUCGUUUUCGUUGUUUAAAGAAAAAGAUGGAAUUUCAUAUGGAUAACACCACUAACAUUAUUAAAACACUUGUUGUUUUACAUAAUUUGUGCAUUUUUACUGGAGAUAAUCCUGAAGUUGAUUGGGAUAUACUUGUUCCUGAAACUAUUUAUAAAAAAACCUUUAUAUAA